CUUUUUCCCUCUUCUCCAGUCUUCUCCAAUCUGCUUCCUCUCCACCGUCUGCGAAUACCUAAGACAUAUAUAGCCUCACUGCUCGACUUCUUUGCUCAGGGAGCCAUUGUCUUACAUAGCGUGGAACCUAUACCUACCCUGACCUUGGCUAUAGCUGUGCCAGAUCUUCUCCUGACUUGUACUGGCUGCCAUCUAUCCCUCACCUCAGAACCCUGCAUCAGUCAUCCGCACUCCUACUCCUCUUCCUCCCAAUGGCUCACAUCGCAACCUGUAUGCUCGGUGUCGAAGGCGAGCCCACCACUCUGCCGUAUAUAGCCAAGCCGGCCUCCCCACUACCUCCCUCAGAACCAACACAACUGCCGCCGCCACCGCCGACAGCGGACUACAAACCCUUCGUGUGGAGGAUGCACCAGCCAGAGUCUCGGAAGUACCAGCUCUUUCCCAAAGAUCGUCAGCACCGGCCGUCAGGAAAGAGCCUCGACCCGGAGCAAGCAUUCGCCCUCGCCAUGGGACAGAACGAAAAGACAGAAAAGCCCUGCAGCAGCAGCGGCUCGCUUCGGCUACGCAUCAAGGAGCACAACCUCAUUAGACGGCGCAAAGUGAGCAUUCCCGAGCUGGGCCCAAUGACAACAGUCCAGGAAGUUCCCAUGGAUUCACCCACCAUUCCGGGACGACCACCUCUGCACGAGAGGUCCGUCAGCGCCCCUGGUCAUCACAUCAAGCAGCACAAUUCCACUAGUUCCGUCUCGUCCGCCGCCGCCGCCGCCGCCACUGCCGAUAGGUCUGCGUACAUAGAUCACGCUUGCUCUCCGGAACGGCACCAACGAUCUGCUUCGGAAACCCAGACAGCUCGUCAGCCUGCCUCGCCGAAGCAGCUGGCCCCUCUCGUCAUCCCUACUCACAUCGGCAAUGUGCCUCGCCUGGCCAGACAAACCUCACACAGUCGCAUGCGAUCAGGCGGCUCUAGUCAGGAUAUUGGCCAGCUUUCUGCCCGAACCGACGACUCGUCCAGGUCACAGUCUCGAACCCCCUACACUCCUUUGACGGCUUCCACCGCCCUGACAACGCCGCUGUCAGCCUGCCACAGUAUACAAUCUGCCACUACACCCGUGUCUGCUCCCAUCAUGGAGGCCCGAGACUCAUCCAAGCCAUGGGAGAACAACAACACACCUAUCGCAAUGACUCCCGGUCAACACAACGAUGACGCCUCGGCACCGCCCGAAACCGAAUCUGCAUCCCGGCCGUUCGUUCACUCGCAUAGGAGGGGACAAUCCGAAUCCGGUAGCAUCAUGGAUCGGGGCCGCCCAAGGAAGCGGAGCGACGCGCGAAACAAUGGCAGUCCUCUUCCCAAGCGAAGCUGCUCGACACGCAACAAGAGCGCUGAGCGUCGGGCUUUCGAGGAGCUCCCGACCGGAUGGCGCGCUGGUGAGGUGGCCAAUUACAUGGGACAACCCGAAUUGGAGGCGUUACAAAAGCAGGCAUUUGGCCAGGCCUCCAGGUUUGAGGUAUUGAAGAAGGAUGACGUCGAGAUGCUUUCAAAGGAACUGCGCCAGCUCGACGAACGAACUGAGUACCUUCGUCGCACCUACACCUCUUUGCGAGCUGGCCGACGCAACCUGCACUCUCGCAUGUGUCAAUACCUUCGCUCUCCUCGGACGGCGAGGUUCAGCACGGACUCGAUGCUGAAGCAAGAGGAAGCUCUUGCUGAGCUCGACACCUCAAUUGAUGACUGGGUCAACAAGCUCGAACAGGCCGAAAACCGCCGGACGCGGGUACGCCAAAAGCUCCUGGAACACGUUGCUGCCGCCGCUACACUUCCCACUCCGGCGGCAACGGCUGCGAGCGAGUCAUUGCAGCUGGCCAUGGGGAUCCGUUCGCCUCCACCACCGGGCGUUGGGGACAUCUCCACACCCCCCCGAAGCCCCACCAAGAACGCAUUCUCUUCACACGCUGCCAACAGCUCCCCCUCGCCGCAACGAGUCGUCGCGCAGGUCCCCAGUACCAUUGUUGAGCAGCCCGUGGUCGAGGAGACGCCCAGAGCCUUGGCCAACAAGCACGAGUCUGCUUUUAGCCAUCGCCGCAUCGGCAUGGAAAGCAUCCGCAUCUACGCCGACAGCGACGUGUACGCGCUCUUGGCCGACGUGGAGAACGAAAUCACCAAGAUGAGUGCAGCAGCAAACUUGCCCGAAAGCACUGCCGCCCUCUCUGAUGAUGAGCGGAAAGAGAUCCAUCGGGCGCGCAGCCACGAGGCUCUCAGCGGACUUUCGACGGAUGCGAAGAACACCGUCCCAUCUCCCCGCGCACCUUCGCCCCCGGCCAAGAAUAGCCCGGCAGACGGCGAGGCCAUCUUCCUCACCAGUGCCGUAUUCCGAGGCUGAAAAGUCAGCCACUCUCGGCCCAGUCCCUCGUCCCAUCUUCCCUAUUCCAACACUUUCCAACUUUCCAACCUUGCAAAACAAUUCAUCUGAUCAUCUCUCUUGAAACCGUUGUCCGUAUAACGCUUACGCUCCCUACGUCUCAAACCACAUCACGGCCGACCAAUUACAUUCCUUUCCAACAAGCGCCUCUCAAUUUUGUGUUUUGUUUUACCGUCCAUCUUGUUUUCUUAACACCAACUUGAUACCCGUCCGCGACGCUCCCUCUUUUCUUCAUGGCAUUUGUUUCAUAAACCGACCGCCACACCGAUUUCAUUCAUCUCAUUGUCUUCUUCCUCAUUUGCAUAAAUUUCAUGUCAUCUACCUGGUGAUGGUGGCCCAAACUUGCUCUGGUCAAGGAAAUGGUCUGGACCCGUGUAGGUUGAGAGCAGGAUACUAUUCUCUUCAUGUAAAAAGAUUAGUCGUGUAUCACCUUUCUGUGCCUGGCCGGCCUUAGAGGCCAUAGAAUACAAUAUAGUGUAUUAUUCAAAAAGAGAUAAUCAUGUUCCAUCCUAGAAAGGGACAAUC